GCCUAUUUGGCUGAUUUAGGCAUUGAGUAAUGGUAUGCUUUAACAACUGUUUUUAAUCAAUUUCAUGUUUUAUUAUGAGUGAAAACGAUGAAGAAGAGAUUUUAUCCAUUGGUCUCAACACCGGACCAAUCAACAAAUGCUUAUCCUCAAUCCGAAGAAACUCCUCAAACUGGAGAUUCUUUUUAAACACAAUAUUAAACUGAAGAUGCUACCUAAACUAAAUCAACUCCCCAAACUGAAACUUCAAUCUCAACAUAUGCAAAACUUGUACUGUUGGUGAGGUCAUUCGAGGCUCGGAUGAACUAAAUGACUGACUUGGAACUAUCUUUUGUAUCCCGUACAAUUGUGUACAGUUUUUAGUCAUCUUUUAUGUAUAUUCAUGGACCGUUAACAAUGGAUUUGAAAUAUAUGUUCAGAUUUGCCAUCGUACCAAAUUUUAUGUGCUAUUACAAGAGUUUUUUAGUACUUGUUUUGUGCUUAAUUUUUUGCUUUGGGGCUUGCUCCAAUCCUAGCUCAGCAUAGCAAGAAAAACAGUCUAUUGUAGAGGGUGUUUUUACUGUUGUCUACUGGUGACAUGGAAAGCUGUUACAGACAACAGCUUCUUAAUGGUCCUGCUAUCUUGAUCGACCGUCCCUUUCAUAGAAGAAGAAAAAAACACUUUGUGGACUUGGAAUGUAAGACUUAGACUAGGUCUUUCAUGUCGCUGUUGUGCCCGUUCCCAUAUCUCCCCACCUAACAAACCGUUGGUGCUCACCUUGUGACUUUUAUUUCCAAUCAGUACCUUCGGAUUGCCAGACUUGUGAGCAGCACAAGAGAAUUCUAUCAUGUCGGAGAUGAUCUUCUCAGCUGUGGUUGGUGACCUGGCUGGUAGGGUGAUAUCUCUUCUUGCUGGCCAGUUCAAAGGCCAAGAGAGCACGGAAGCUAAGCUCCAAAGGAUUUGCUAUAUGCUCGUCAAGGUUCACAGCGCAAUAGAGGAGGCCAGAGGGAGGCAGAUAACAAACUUCGGCACCCUCGAGUGGCUCUCGGAGCUCAACGAUGGUCUGUACCAAGGCCGCUACUUGCUCGAAACUGUCGGAAGCAGAGAGCAGGAUACGGCUGAAGAUGAUGAGCCCGCUGACAAGGUAGUUGCUGCACAACCUUUCUCUCUGUCGUUGUUCAAUCCUGCAAAGCGCGUGCGAGUAGCUGCGUGCAGGGUGAGGAACCUAUUGUCUCGCCAUGAUGUAGGUGUUCAUGAGAGGAUAGAUAGAGUGGUAAAGAUCUUGGAAACCAUGUCCGGUGAUCUCAAGGAGUUCCUGAUGCUCCUGCAGACCUGCCAGCAGAUCCAUCGUCCUUUAGCCACUAACAUCUUUGUUGAGGGGCAGAUGUUCGGUCGACAUGUCGAGAAAGAGAGGAUCAUCAACUUCUUGCUGUACAAUGGUGCUGGAAAACUGGGCGUGCUUCCGAUUGUCGGGGACAUGGGAGUUGGGAAGACCACACUUGCGCAGCAUGUAUGCGAUGACGAGAGGGUGCGUAGCCACUUCCCAGUAAUCAUGUACUCCAGAUUCGCGUGUACUUUAGUUAUGGCACGGGGUGAGACAACGUUUGUCCUAGAAUCCAAGCACGCACUUGGAGAUGUCAAACAGUUUAUCGAGUCAGUGCAUGGGUUGAAGGAGAAUUACCUCACCAAGAGGUUCCUGAUAGUAUUUGAGGAUGUUGACAUGCCGAAGAAACAGAUGCUAGAAGAGUUACUGCCGAUCCUACGACAACAUGGAAAACAUGGAAGCAAGGUCAUCAUCAUCACCAGCAACAGGGAUGUCGUGAGCAAUAUGGGGACGGUGCAGCUGAUCAACCUGAAGGUCAUGCCGCAUCCAGAGUACUGGUUCUUCUUCAAGGCACACGCUUUUGCCGGCAGAGACGUCGAGGAGGACCCAAGGAUGGUGGCAGCGGGCAAAGCGAUCGCGAGGAAGCUGAACGGGUCAUUCUUUGGAGCCAAGAUCGUCGGAGCGGUGCUGAAAGCCCGUCCCGAUCCUAGGUUCUGGUGCAAGGUCUUGAGAAGCAACAUAGGGGGUAUGUCUCUGCUGGGCGAUGGCAUGGGGUAUAUCUCAGAUUUGGCAGAGAACUUGCUUCCCAGUCACGCAGGCAUGUGCGAGUUGACCAUUUCUAAGAAUCCGUUCACCUCGCAGACAGAACUUGCUAGCUUCGAUGAUCUGUGUCAGGUUAGUCCUUCCGCUAGUGCUGCCCGGCCGGAUGAUGGUUUGGCAGGUGAUAUCCAGUAUGCAAAAGUAUUGGUGUGCAGGACAGUUUUGCCAUUCCAAUCCUUGUACUACACUGCACAUUGCGCUGUGCACGGGGCGGACGAUUCGUCAAAGUUUGUCAGAAUUGGAGGAAGUGGUAGAUUUGCCCAUGUACCCUGUCAAGAAAAGGUUUUUCCAUAUUAGGAUCAUGAAGAUCUGAAACGAACUAAUGCUUAAUGCCGUAGAAUCUGAUGAAGAGGAGGAUAGCUUCGUAAGAUCAAUGCAACCGUCGACAUGGGAGAAUGUUCGUCGUAGAGCUCUGUUUUGAGUUAUUUUUUUUUUUCAAUUUUCCUUGGCGAAUGUAGGAGCCUGCUUGUCUUGCUUCCCUGCUAUAUGCAUGAAAUUGGCGGCCUCGAUAGCUGGAACGUGGCGCUUGACAUGUACAAUGACAAAUCGCGAGUCUCUAUGUGGCGUUCAGAGCUUUGACAGUUACUUGAUUCUAGUUAGAAGCCGGCAUGUCAUGUGCCAUCAACCAA